AAUUUACAUGAGAUAGUGUAUACUGUGAGUGUCCUUACUAUCAAAUUGUGGACAUGACCUUAGUCUUUGACAUCUCGAAAGUAGGCAUCGUGUUUUUUGAAUACUUCUUCUCUGAUUUGGUUUGAAUUUUGGAAUAGUAAUUUUGCAAUGGUUUUGAAAUCACAUAGGUAAGAUGCAGUAUUUAGAACAAUGUAAUACCAACAAAGCAUCAUGAGCUACAUAGGAAAAUACAAAUGGCCAUGGACAAGAAGAUAACAUAAUAUAAUACAGGAUAAUUAUUAUCAAAAUUCAUCAUGAUACGUGGAAUGUUUGCCAAUGUUUUGAUGCAAGAUGUGGGAGAGGAAGGACCCUUGAAUUGCACGCCCCCAUCACUUAACGAGUUUCCGGGAGAUUUCUUUACUGAUGCGCAACGAAAGGAAGGGGGCUUAGUGGUACAUUUCCUGAUAGCAUUCUACAUAUUUGGUGCCAUGUCAAUAGUGUGUCAUGACUACUUUGUGGCAUCUAUAGAGCGUAUCUGUGAAAUUCUUGAACUAGAAGCAGAUGUAGCUGGGGGCACGUUCAUGGCAGCAGGAGGGUCAGCCUCAGAACUCUUCACUGCAGUUAUAGGUGUAUUUAUCUCAAAAAGUGAUGUGGGAGUAGGUACAGUUGUUGGAUCAGCUGUCUUCAACCUUCUGUUCAUUGUGGGAAUAUGUGGAGUGUUUGCUGGCAUGACAGUGCAGCUAAGCUGGUGGGCGAUCUACAGAGAUGUACUGGCCUACAUGCUCAGUGUAACCACACUGGGGCUAAUCAUAUAUGAUGGUCACAUUCACUGGUAUGAGAGUCUGAUCAUGGUUGGCCUGUACUUCUUCUAUAUCUGCCUCAUGUUCAACAACAGACACGUUGGUGGCUUUUUCAAGCGAAUCGUUCAAAACUGUAAAAGUCGCAUAACACGUCGUAGAUUGUCACCAGUUCCAUCUAGGAGGGAUUUAGAAUCAAACAUUUUAUUAGAAAAUGAAACAACGCCAUUGUUGUUUGGAAAACGAAAAACUUCCGAACAAAUUGAAGUGCCAAAUGGUGUACCCAGUGAGGUUAUAAGAAGUGGAAGUGUCAAAAGUACAAGUACUAAACCACUAGAGGCAAGUGGACCUGGUGAUGCAGAGACAAGUUUUGGUGGAACCUCCUCAAAGACUGAUGAAUUUCCUGCCACACAGUUCAUAUCUCCCUGGAAGUUCCCAGAUAAUACUUUCUCACAGAUAUUUUGGAUCAUAAUGCUCCCAUUCACUGUGUGUGUGUUCCUGACAAUCCCAGACUGCAGGAGACCUGGUAUCUGGAGACGUCUCUACAUGUUGACAUUCCUUAUGUCAGUACUGUGGAUAGCUGUGCUGUCUUAUCUCAUGGUGUGGAUGGUUACCAUUAUAGGAGAUACAAUCGCUAUUCCUGAGAUAGUGAUGGGGUUGACUUUUCUGUCAAUAGGUGACAGUUUGCCCGAUCUGCUCAACUGUAUAUUUGUGGCUAAAGAUGGCUUCGGUGACAUGGCUGUAGCUAACUCAGUUGGGAGUAAUGUGUUUGACAUUCUGUUUUGCCUUGGCCUCCCAUGGCUCCUUCAGACAGCAUUCGUUGAGCCUAAUGGUGUCGUAGAGAUCAGUAGCACAGGAUUAGAGUAUACUCUCAUAACACUCUUGUUUAGUGCUCUUUUUAUACUUGUUAGCUUACAUUUCACUAAAUGGAUGCUGGGUAAAAAAUUAGGCAUCACCUGCAUUGUAUUAUAUGUUGUAUUUAUAACAUUCGCCUGCUUGUACCAGGGGAAUGUAUUUGGACAAGUGACACUACCAACAUGCCCUCUUGUGGAGUAAUAAGAUACUAGAGAGCCGCAGACAUAGAUAAUGGGAGUAUUAAAAGUAUGCCAUUAAAAGUAUGCCAUAGACAAAGCAUAUAAUAGUAUUCUGAAGAUCGCUCGGACGAAUUUUGAAAUAUGUGACGCCUGAGACAGAAAACGUAAUAUAGGAAACAAAAGUUGAAAAAUAUGCCAUUCAAGGACUACAUGGAUCCAUCAAGCUAAAAGACAUUGUUUGUAUGUUUGACAUUGUCUACCACUGCAGCAUUAUAAAAAGUUGUACUGUUGAUGAAUCAUGCAAAUCCUGUGCAUGGAUUACAUAACAGAAAUCAAGUGCUUUAACCAUGAUAAAAGAGAUUACAGCCUACAAUCUUUGGUAUAAGAAAAUUGCAUGUGAUAGUAACUUUAACAAGAACUGUCAGUUGAGAUCUUUAAUAUUUGCACUAGUCAAAAUAUGUGUUGGAUAUUUUCAUUAAUUUACAAAGUCUUGGUUGAACACACUUUCCCUUGUCAUGAUUAUAAUUUUUCAGAUUGGGGAAUAUAUUCUUUUAGUGGGACUGUUUUUAAGAUAGAUUCUUAUAAUACAGUUAUAAAGCUUACUUAAUGCAGUCCCGGAAAGAAUUUUACGGAGUUUUACAGAGCAAUUGUCGUUAUGACAGAAUUCCUGCAGGAGUUUCAUUAACUGAAUAUGCAGAAUUUUCAGGGUCAAAUGAACUACAAUUUUUGAGAUUUCAAAAUAAUUUCAUGCUUUAUUGUGGGGUGAUUGUAAAUGUAAUGUCAGUGCUCCAUUCUGAGUGCCACACCCCUUUUUUAUGAUUUUAAUCUGCAUAUUAUAAAAAUGAUUCCACUAUCUUCACAAACCUUAAGUUAUCUAUUGUAUUUUAUUGUAUAUGCUAUAUUUUAUUGUAUAUGUUGUCUUAUAUUGUAUAUGACUGCAAUAUUAUGAGUAUGUAAGGAUAGAAGCUGAAACAGUCAGAAAAUCGGGUCAGAAACAAUAUUUUUUCUAUUUGAAAAGUGAGAUUGAGUAUGUGUAUACUAUAAACCAUACAAUAUACCAAAUGCAAUAAUUUAUAGAUUUCUACUAUUUGUCAAAGUAUAAGAUACAUGUGACAUAUCUUAGUGUUAUGUUAGCAACAAUAAAGUUAGAUCAAAUCGA